GUAAUUUACAACUAUCAAAAUCCCGUCCGGUCUGACAUGGUUUUUCCAGCACUAAAAAAAGUGGCUGAAAAUCGUGUUGAAUUUGAGAAUGGGAAGGCAGAGAAGUUCGAGGCCAUCGUAUUUGCUACUGGGUAUCGAAGCACCGUGAGGAAAUGGUUGAUGGGAGAUGAUGAUGGGCUUUUCAACGAGGAUGGAAUGCCAAGAGAGAAACCACCAAACCACUGGAAGGGGAAGAAUGGAAUUUAUAGUGCGGGAUUUGCUGGCGCAGGAUUGGCUGGAAUCUCUAAUGAUGCCCUAAACAUUGCGGAGGACAUUCAACGGCUCUUAAUCACCCAAUUUAAAAUGGGCAAUACUAAAUAAUCAUUGGCGGCAAAUGGGCUCACUCUCAUAUAUAUGCAUUAUUAGGGGUGUCCGUCUGGUUUGAUUUUGUUGGUUUCGAUUUUAUUGGUUCGGUUUUAGUCGGUCGGUUUUGAUCGGUUUUGGUUUUUAGUCAUUCGGUUUUGAUCGGUUUUGGUUUUCAGUCAUUCGGUUUUGAUCGGUUUGGUUUUUAGUCAGUCGAUUUUAGCGAUGUUUAAAAUAGAUGAAACCAAGAAUAGGACCGCGAAAAUUGACUCAAUUUUGGUCAAUUCGUAUCAUUUUCUAUCGAUUUUAGCCAUUUUUGUUGGUUUAUUUUCGUUUGACCGGAGUUUUAAGCCAAAAGUAUGAACUGUAAACCGAAUAACCGAUGAAUUAGUCACUUUCACUCGAUUUCAAUUUUAUCGAUUUGGUUUUGGUCGGUUUUGGCCGAUUUCGAUUUUGGUCGGUCGAUUUCGGUCAGUUUGGCGUUGGUUUCGUUUUUUCGUUUUUUUGUUCACCCCUAAUAUGCAUCAUGAUGGAAAGUCACCCUACCAGCAGUUUUUUUUUAUUAUACAACUCCCAGCGUAAGUGGAUGGCUACCCUCCUCCUGCUCACAUGUUUUGGUGGAGUAUUUCAUACCAAUAGUACUAUAUCUAGCCAUCAAAAGAGUGCAUUUUUUGAAUAAGGCAAAUUUUGUAGUGCCUUUAAGGUACCAUAUCUUAUCUAUAUGGACCAAAUGAGAUAAUAUAGUUGAAUUAUUUAAACAUUAGUAACUGAUCAAUUAUUUAAAUGAAAUAUCUAUUACAUUUCAUUUUGUGUGAAUUUGAAA